AUGACUGUCAACUGUCAACCUUUUUUGACACUUGACACUGACAUGUUCGGUGUUGUUUGAAUCCACGUGCUAGGUUUAUUAUUAAAGAAAAUGGGUAAAUUUAGAAGUAAAUUAAAAGGACAAACUAAGGGGAAGAGAUGGCCAAAAGGACAGAGUUCCAGUUCAAAUCCUGAAACUAAAAAAUACCGAGAUUUAGCAAAAUCUCGCUUUUUCCAAGAAAAUUUAGGUCCCAGUAGUUUAACGUCAGAUGCUCUAAAGAAACACGAUGCUGUGCAAUCAUAUAUUCCGAAAGCUCCAGAAUCCAUUAACAUGGAGGAAGAUACAGAAUCUUCUGUUGGAACACAAUCUUCUUUUGGUACAAUGAAAUCUUUUGCUUCAGAAUGGUCAGAUUGUAGUAACAUGUCAUUCAAUAGAUUUUUGACUGUAUUUAGAUCAGAUUCGGCAUUACACAAAGAAAUGUUGGCAAUAUUAGCAGCCAUAACAGAAGUCAUAAAAGAGAAUGGAGGAUCUGAAACACCUACUGAAUACUUUGGUUCCUUGAUGACAACAUUAGAACAAGUUUAUAAUGCAGAAAAUAAGAAUGAAGAUCAAGUAACAGCAGUAUUAGCCUUGUUGAAUAUGGGCAUAAAAACAGUUCCGGAAGCUGUUUUAAAGAAACACUUCAAUGAUAUCACAUUAAAAAUUUUGCAUAUAUUAAGUGAUUACGCAGAUUCAGAAAAUAAUACAAUAAUGAAAUCAAUAUUUGGCAUUUUGGGAUCUUUGCUAAAAAUACAAGAGUUAGCAGUUUGGAACCAGCCAAGUACAAUUCAGAUCUUCAAUGCCUUACUGAAUCCGUUUUGCAUCCACACUAAGCCUAAGUGGAGAAAAGCGGCACAGCAUGCUGUUAUGUCUAUAAUAACAACAGGAAAUUUUGUUAAAGAAGGUUCUUCCAACCCGGCUGCUGAUAGAGCAGCAGAAUUCUGUGAACAAACUCUGGACUCUUGUAUGGGAAGCACAUCUGGUGUAGUCCUUGUAUCUUCAGUCCAAGCUGGCCAGACUACAAUUCUCCAUGUUCUUGGUUUGCUGAAGGAAAUUAUUAGUAAAUUCUCCAAGCAUCAUAUUAAGACUUGCUGCGAAACUAUUCUAAAAUUGAUGACCCUCAAUUAUCCCAUUGUAACCUCAUGUGGCAUGCAGGUCCUUUAUGCAUUGUUUUCAGCGCAGACUGCCGUCAUACCAGGAAAACUUAAUGCUCAAUUGAUCACUGCUCUUUAUGAAUAUCAGCCAUCCCUUUCAGAUGUACAACCCACUCAGGCUUGGGUUACAGUCAUGCAGCAAGCUCAUGUCCAUCUUGCUGAUGUCGAUGUUGCUCUAGCAAUGGCGACCUUGCCUAAAAUAAUUGACAUCUUUACUCAAUUGUGGCUCUCAGAAAAGGCUGAAAUAAUGACUUCUGCUACUCAUGCUUUGGAAAUAUUAUUAAAAGAUGCUCUCGUUAAUGGAUGUAGCUCCAAAGAAUUAGUAGGACAGCACAGAUCCAAAGUUGAAAGGUGUAUUCAGACAAUUCAACUAUGUUUGGGAUACCAAUAUAACGCUUCUUGGCAUCAAGUGUUACACAUUGUUAGCGUGCUAUUUGAGGUUACAGGCGCGAACUGCAGCGAUAUGCUACUAGGACUACUUACCAACUUAGCAGAAUUAAGAGAUUCAUACAAAUUCAGUUACAACAACGAACUAGAACAUGCUGUAGGAGCAGCCAUCAGGUCUAUGGGACCAGAGGUUGUUUUGGAAGUUAUUACUCUGAAGAAACCUAACGGAGAUCUCAAUAUAGACAGAUCGUGGUUGCUUCCAGUUCUUAAAGAAAACAUCAAAUGCUCAACUUUGGAGUAUUUCGUUAAAGGUAUUUUACCUUUAGCUCUUUACUGUCAUCGUAGAUCUGCUCAGUUAGCACAGAAUAAUGAUGGAAUAGGAGCGCAUAGUUCAGAAUUACUGUAUUUACAAUUAUGGAAUCUUCUACCUUGUUUCUGUAGCCAGCCAAAGGAUAUCAAGGACAGUUUUAAGACUGUUGCUAAAGUUAUGGGUACUGCAAUUUCUGAUAAGAAGGAACUUCGUUUAGCAGUUAUGGCUGCAUUAAGAAGGUUAAUUUCUUAUGCCAAAGAGUCAGAAAAUCAGGAAGAUUUGCAGGAGAUAAGUAGAUUUGACAAGAACUAUUUGCCAAUAUUGUUUAACGUUUAUACUACCAAGCCUAUUGGUACUGACGAAGAAGGUCAAAGAUUGGCUGCAUUGGAUACGAUAAAGUUAUAUUUAUCGAUUGCAAGACCAGAAUUAACUCAGCAGCUCUUCAAUAACGCCAUAGAACGAUUGAAUAGUAGUUCAGACGAACCAGAAGACCAUUUUAUAAAAGAAUCCAUCCUGGAUUUAAUUCGUGCUUUAGUACCAUACCAAAAUGCUCAGAAUGUUGAAAUUUUAUAUCAACAGUGUAUUCAAAACUUACCAGAAAUAAAGAAUAACAAGGAACAGAAAAAGGCUUACAGACUAUUGGAAGAAGUAUGUGGAAGUGAAUCAGAAGGGUGUCAGACAUUUGUUAAAAGUAAUCGAAAGGAGGUGCAACGUCUACUCAUGAAAUCUCUCAACUCAGCUGCAGUUUCUAGUAAAGGCGCAAGAUUACGCUGUCUUAAUUACUUAAUUAAGGCCCAACCUCAAUUGGAUAACGAAAGUAAACUGAUCAAAUCUGCUAUUCCCGAAGCCAUACUGUGUUGCAAAGACAUCAACGAAAAAUGUAGGACUACAGCAUAUGACCUUUUAAAUACGAUUGGAAACUUAUUGUUGGAGCACGACAAAAUGCAACAAUUUUUAGAGUUGAUUAUAGCCGGUUUAGCUGGUACACCACAACUUGUUAGUUGUACAGUCUUAGCACUAGCCUCAAUCUUGCAUCAUUUUUCAGGUACUCUAGGAAUGGAUAAUAUCAGGAUAAUUGUGGAUAAUGUUUGUACAUUAGCUGGAUCUCCUACGAGAGAAAUAGUUGCAUCAUGUUUAAGUUUUACAAAAGUGUAUAUUACGACACUCCCUAGUCCCAUGGUAGCUUCAUCAUUAGAACAUUUGAUGAAAGGAUUAUGUAACAUGACGGAAGACUGCAAGAGGCAUUUUAGGCUAAAAAUUCGUGACAUUUUGGAUAGACUAGUCAGAAAAUACGGUUGUGAAUCUCUUACUCCUUUUGUACCAAAUACCGACACAGUAAUGUACAAGAGGCUUAGAAACUUACGAAAACUAAACGCCAGAAAGAAGAGGAGGAAAGACGAAGAUAGAGAAGAUGAGAGUGAUGAUGAAGAAUUUACUGUAAAGGCUAAACCAAAAAGCGUCGAAGAAAUUUUGGCAGAUUCAGAUUCAGAAUUCGAAGAUAUGGAAACAGAUGAACCCAAAGUUAAAAAUAAGAAGCAAGCUAAAACAUGGAUUGAAGAAGAUCCUGACAACAUUGUUGAUUUUAUUGAUCCAAGCGUCAUUAGUAAAAUCACUGCUACCAAACCUGGACUCGUCCAACCAACCCUUGAAAAGAAAAAGCCCGAGAAAGACCGAGGAUUCAAAACGGCUCCGGACGGCAGGCUUAUAAUAAAAGACGAUUCGUCGUCAGAUAGUGACGAUGACAAAAAACUCAAAUUUUCUGAUGACUCCGAUGAUGAUGAUGAUACUCAAAGUAAAGUUGAAACGGUACUGCUAACAGAUCGUAAACGCAAAAGAAGUAACGCUAGCGUCAAAAGUGGUUUUAGUUCGGUUAGUUCUCAACCUCCCAUGAAAUAUAAGACUGGAGGUGUUGGUAUUCACAGGUCUUUGGGAGCUAGCACUUCUUCCGUUAAAAGCGGAUUUAGUUCAGCAGGUUCUGAAUAUAAAUCUAGGAAAGCGUCUGGAGAUGUUAAAAAGAAAGGAAAACUGGAUCCCUAUGCAUAUUUACCUUUGAAACGUACAACCUUGAAUAAAAGGAAAAAGAACAAGGCUGCUGGUCAAUUUAAGCAUAUCGUCAAAGCAGCAAAAGCAGGAGCUUUAAAAGGUGCCAAGGCAAAAAGGAAUAAAAACAAAUAAUUUAUUAGGUGUUAAACAAUUAUAGAAAUAAAACUAAUGUUAUUCGUUU